CACUGAAGUGCAACCUUAGACACAGUGAUGCCCUGACUGACCUCAGGUGCGCAGAUCAGUGAAACCGCGCAUGCGCAGAGCUCACACUCACCUGUCGCACUUUAGCACGCUAUUCAUCCAGCAUCAAUGGGAAACCGCACUAUAUUCCUUGUAAAUAACUCACUUCACUGAGUGUCAAAUGCCAAAGGGAUCUGUCAGAACCAAAGGACAUGUCCGAAAGUUCCUCUGGAGUGAACACCAGCAGUGAGAGUUUUCCCAAGUCUCACUCGCACUACUCUGAGUUAAGCGACACACACACUCCUUUCUCUGUGGAACUGACUCCAGACUCUGGCAUUGUUGCCACUCCAUUGCCAUCCAGUCGGUUCAGGUUCGCCUCGUGGCACUGGCUAGAGGAGCAUGAUGUGCGUGGAGACCAGCUCGCCUGCCCCAGGGUCAGAGAGGGGCCUGCUGAAGACGAGCUGUCCGUUAACAGUAAAGACAUAUUUCUCAGAGGAGGCAGGAGGAAGAGGAGGGAGGAUGAAGGACAGAAAUGGGAGGAGAGACUCCAGGAGAACUGGGAGAACUGUGUUGUGCUGAACUUGUCUUAUCAGGACUUAGGAGAUCCGUACCAGCUGGAGAACUUCAUCCGCAUCCUGAGGAGACUGAUCCGGGUGGAGCGUCUGCAGCUGGUGGACAACGCACUGAGAGAUCUCAGCGCUGUCAGACUGCCAAGAUGUAAAAUCCUGAAUCUUCACCGGAAUAACUUGACGUCCAUUCGUCAGCUGCCAAAGGUUCCUGAGAUCCAGCACUUGUGCCUGUCUGAAAACAGUAUUUCCUCUCUGGGCGAACUGUCCCUGCUGAGGAGCACACCGCUCCGAUCUCUGACCCUCAAACGCAACCCCUGCCAGUUUCUGGAGGACUACCGCUCACGUGUGUUCUCUUGUUUGCCAAAACUCCAAGUUCUGGAUGGCAUCCCAAAGCUACUGGAAGAUUCCGUGCCUCCCUCUUCACCGUCAGCGUCCAGAUUUUGUACCAUUCUCUGAUGUUGAAACAGAUGAACCUGAAGCCAAGAUCCAGUGUACUGUACUGGCAGAGUGAACUGAAAACUCCAUGAAUGCACUUGUAUAAUAGCUGUGUAUAUACUCAUUUAAGCUGUUAAAAAUAUAUUUAUAUGGCUAAUUUUUGUACCUUUACUUCACAUUUCAUGUACUCAAAAUAAACCUGCAUUGACUUCAGACAGCAGCAUCUGAGAUAUAAAUGAGAAAGGACUAUUUAUCAAACAUUUUAACAGCUACUCACAGAAAGGAUCAUAGGCAUCUGUUCGUGCUGCAUGUAAUUCAGGCUAUUUGGUUGCUCAAUGACCAGCCAACCCUUUAUUCGGUUCACACUUUGUCCUGAGGACUGUUUUGACAGACACGUCUGUUCUUGGGUGGUAUCUCCUGAUGCCCGGCUGGCAGUGUGUGAAGAAGAAACACAGAGAUUAAAUCAGAUACAGUCAUGAGACACUGUUAGUAGCAGAUAACUGAUGAUGUCACAGCACGUGUUUCAUGUUCUCAUGGACUGAACAGUUGAAACAAUAUCUUAGAUUGAAAUUUAAACUGUAACAGUGGUUGGGUAGGAAAAAUUUGGCCUUGUUUUGUACAUCAUGGUGGGACAUUCUAAAACGCUUAGUGUGAAAAAGGCAUUAAAUGCAUUAAAACAGUGUUUUUAAAAGGCCAAACUCAGCAAAC